AUGGCUCCCCUUCGACGUCAUAUCGGAGCAAGCCGUAGGAAGAGAAGAGACGAUGAUGGAGAAGACGAGAGUUCUUUGGCGGGCGAUCUUGAAGACGACUCUUUGAGCGAGGGCUCGGUCGACACUCACCAGGAUGAGGACGCCGAUGUAGAGGGCAGUGAGACCGAAGAUGAGAUGCCGACGGCCAAAACAACAAACGACAGGGAAACCGACGAACAAGAGGCUCGGAAUAGCUCUACAUCAACCGGCAAGCCUGAGCUUAAGUCAACAGUUUCAGACACGGAAGCUAUGUUGAAUGGCCUCAAAAUCUCAGGUGAUAUGGAGGAAAUACAUUUUGACCAAGUGAAUCAAGGUAAAGGGCUCCAGGCUGGCCGAACUCCAUCGGCCCCUCCCACUGAGCCGAAACGGGAGGCUCUGGCUGCUCGCAAGCGGCGGGACCAUGACAAGUAUGCAAAGGAGAGAGACCAGAACCCAGCGUUUGUUCCAACUCGGGGAAGCUUUUUCUUGCACGAUAAGCGCACGAUAGAGAUGGGGUCUAAUAACCAUCGCGCGUCCAACAAGGGCAAGACUCGACCGUAUGGUCUCAUUGUGGAUGGCAAUACUCGCAGAGAUUCCAAGGGCGACGUCAGCGUAGGGCUAUGGGCACACGAUCUUCAUGCUACUGUCGCUGGAGAUGAUCCGCCGGUAUCGAAACAACCUGCACCUUCUGUUGCACCCCAACCUGCCGCCGCAGUUCCCACUGCCCCCCGAUCCUCUCCGCCAAACAGGACCUUCUCUAGCACCACAUUGGUCGGUAGUGUGCCUGUCGUAGUAUUUUUGCCGGGAAUGAGUCACCCCACAUCUUUCGCUGCGGUGCCCAAGAAACAGCAUACCCGACUACCUCAACAUCGACCUCCCUUGCGGCGUGACAAACCAGUUAGAAUAUCUCUUCCAAAUCAAAACCCCCGCUAUAUCUUCCCGUCCACAGACCGGUCUUUUAUUUUCAUUCCUCGUGCCCUGCGUCCAAACCAGGGUUGGCGUGGCCGGGGCCGAGGUGGGAUGUAUCCCCCUCGACGGCCAAGUUACUUCCCCGGUGCCUAUCCACCCAGUCUCCCUCCAAGUCGUCGGACCUCACUUGGAAUGUCAUCUCAAGAUGGCUAUCCGUCACCUGCAGGGUCAGUCUACGCUCGACCUAUUAUGCUUCCACCUGAUGCUAGUAAGCCAGUGGUUCGCCUGCCACCUCCGCCCCGUCCAAUGGGCUUCCCGCCGGCACCUGGAAUGCAUAUGGGCCAUCCAGGACCAAUGCAACCUAUGCCUCCGCCUAUGUCUCUCCACCAACAUCCUCCCUAUCGUGAAAGUCGCCCCGCUCCCAUUCCCAUGUAUCAACCUCGCCCGAAGAAGACGGUUUCUGUGGCAGAUAUUGAAAGCCCGGAGAGCUUCCCUUUCAACCCUCCCCAACCGCAGCAAGAACAGCCGUUUCAUCAUCAAGUUCCUGUUCCCGUUUCGGUCAGCGGUCCUGGCCAAGAUGGCGGUGCCCAUGGCCCGCCCAGCCAACCAUCUGCUACGCCUCUCUCUCAAAUCCCCGAGCGUGCUAUCCAUGCACCUUCAUUUCAACCUACCUAUGGCACAACUGGUUACUAUCAGCCUUAUCCUCCUGGGGCGAUGUACUACGCGGGUCAUGAUUAUUCGACAUAUAGUGGACCGAUGGGACCUGGGGCCUCGGUACCAAAUUUCGCUCCUGGGCAGCAACCCUUGCCUUACCAACAAAUGCCCGGGUCCUCUUUGGGUGAACAACACUCGCAAUCCGAAAUGGUUGCUCAUGAGUCUGGUGGGACCGUUUACUUCUAUAAUUCCAACCACAUGUACUCCAAUCCUAACUACGGGCAGUCUGGAGCUGGCCCCGGGGGUGUGGUGGGAAUUGGGGGAAUGAUCACACCUCCGGGAACAAGUUAUUAUUACCCUCAACCUCAACCUCCAGGUCCUGGGAAUGUCUAUUAUGGCGCCCAGUGA